AUGGUUUUUGCCAAUCUAUCUCUGGCGGCAACCAACUACGACCUAAAAGCAAAAGUAUUUGUAACCCAAGCUAGUAAUCAUUAUUAUCAACUCUACGAUAAAUUAUCUGCCGAAACAUAUGCCAGCACGGAAGAUGAAAGUUUUGCCACCAUCUUUAGUCGUGUAACGACAGUAAAAACAAUUGCUCAAGAAUUGGUGGAAAUUUCCAAAGAAGCAAAACAAUUCAAUAUCAAUAAAAUUCAAGAUCCAGUUUUGAGGAGGGCACUGGAAAAACUACAUUAUGUUGGUGGUUUAUUUAUACUGGGUGACAACUAUUUUGAAUCGAUUUUAAUAACUUUGAAUGCACUUAAGAGUCUCUCAACGGAUAAGGACAUAAAACCCUAUGACGCUGCUGGUUCUCUGGCAAAGGGAGAUUCCAGUCCCAUUGCAUAUGAUCCAGACAUUGAAAGGAUUUUUGAAACGAGUAACGAUAGUAAAGAAUUGAAAUAUUAUUGGGAGACAUGGAGAAAACGUAAUGCUAUAUGGGCGACAAUGAAUUGUUAUAUUAUUAUUCAUGCCAUACGCAGUGCAGCGGAGCUAUUGGAUCUUCCUGUUAUGGAUUUCUAUUACUUCAACUAUAUGGAUGUGGACAUAACCCAGGAAAUGGACAAAGUAAUGGAAGAACUUAAACCAACCUACCUACAACUACAUGCCUUUGUCCGUCAUGAAUUGAAAAGAAAAUAUAACCAUGAUGUGACGGAUGUAAAUGGUCCAAUACCAGAUCAUUUAUUCCAACAAGUAUUGGCUCAAGCAUGGAAGGAGAAUAGCGUUAUUGAAGAAUAUUUUCCAUAUAAGGAAUUACCUCCAUAUGAUGACCUUGUUCGCGAUUUCAAUGGCAGAGACCUUCUCAACAAAGCAGAAGAAUUUUAUAAAUCAUUGGGUUUUUCUCCAUUAGAAGGAGAUUUUAUAAAAUCCCGAUUAAAUGAAAUAAAUUCCAGCGAUAGCAAUGAUGCCGAAUGUCAUGCCCAUAUAUUCGAUUCAACUCCCCAAGUUCGAAUGCAGUAUUGUAAAAAAGUCGAUUUUCGGGAAUUUAUGCAAAUGCAUAGCCAUGCGGCUCGUCUACAUUAUGCCAUGGAAAAGAAAUCCUUACCAUCGUAUUUUUUCGAUUCGUAUAACCUGGAAUAUGCUGUGGGUGAGGCUAUUAUUCUCUCAGCUAGUUCACCCAGGCAUUUACAAUCACUGGGUGUAUUGAAUGAUUUUAAAUUUUCGGAAAGGGCUCAAAUGAAUCGGUUAUUCCGCAUGGCUAUUCACACAAUUCUCAACAUUCCUCUAUAUUAUGUGCACACUCGAAUUAUAAAUGAAUUACUAAAGGGCAGUGUUGAAAUGGAUGGUGUUAAUCGCCUAUAUUGGAAAUUAAUGCAAGAGUAUGUCGGAGUGGAUCCACCCAUGGAUCGAGAAGAGAAUGCCAUCGAUUUUCCCUAUAAAUUUUAUUUUGAAAUUGAGACGAACUAUCAAAGCAAAAAAUUUGUUUCCGAAAUUUUAGGUUAUCAAUUCUAUGAGGCCCUGUGCCAGAAAGCAAGACAAACUGGAAUCCUAAGCAAUUGUGAUUUUUAUGGCAAUAAAGCUAUUGGCGAAAUACUCAGAUCCAUGAUGUCAAUGGGUUCCUCCAAGCCUUGGCGCGAUGUUAUUUCAACAGUUUUGAACCAACGAUCAUCUUUAACCGCCGGUUCCCUAUUGGAAUAUUACAAACCUGUAAUAGCUUGGCUUAAAAAUUUCAAUAACAACAAUCACAUUCCAAUUGGUUGGAAUGAGACCAAAAGAAAAAUUCUUUAA